UGCAACUCGAACUUGGUCGGGGCGCGGAUCCCGAGAGGGAAAGUCACAACAACCGCACGAGGGAGUUCSACUAGCGAGCUGGAAGGCCACGCCUCCUCCCGCCUCCCCCCUCAGCCCUGUAGCUGGGGGCAGAGCUCAGACUGUCUGAAGAUUGAUGUCUAUUUCCUUGAGCUCUUUAAUUUUGUUGCCAAUUUGGAUAAGCAUGGCACAAAUCCAGCAGGGAGGUCCAGAUGAAAGUGAAAAGACUACAGCUCUGAAAGACUUAUUAUCUAGAAUAGAUUUGGAUGAACUAAUGAAAAAAGAUGAACCACCUCUUGAUUUUCCUGAUACUCUGGAAGGAUUUGAAUACGCUUUUAAUGAAAAGGGGCAGUUAAGACACAUAAAAACUGGGGAACCAUUUGUUUUUAAUUACCGGGAAGAUUUGCACAGAUGGAACCAGAAAAGAUAUGAGGCUCUGGGAGAGAUUAUCACGAAGUAUGUAUAUGAACUCCUGGAGAAGGACUGUAAUUUGAAAAAAAUCUCUAUUCCAGUAGAUGCCACUGAAAGUGAACCAAAGAGUUUUAUCUUUAUGAGUGAUGAUGCUUUGACAAAUCCACAGAAACUGAUGGUUUUAAUUCAUGGUAGUGGUGUUGUCAGGGCAGGUCAGUGGGCUAGAAGGCUUAUUAUAAAUGAAGAUCUGGACAGUGGCACACAGAUACCUUUUAUUAAGAGAGCUGUGGAUGAAGGAUAUGGAGUAAUAGUACUGAAUCCCAAUGAAAACUAUAUUGAAGUAGAAAAGCCGAAGAUGCAUGUACAGUCAUCUUCUGAUAGUUCAGAUGAACCAGCAGAAAAACGGGAAAGAAAAGAUAAAGUCUCUAAAGAAACAAAGAAGCGACGUGAUUUCUAUGAGAAGUAUCGUAACCCCCAAAGAGAAAAAGAAAUGAUGCAAUUGUAUAUAAGAGAGAAUGGUUCUCCUGAAGAACAUGCCGUCUAUGUUUGGGACCAUUUCAUAGCCCAGUCUGCAGCUGAGAAUGUAUUUUUUGUUGCUCACAGCUAUGGAGGACUUGCUUUUGUUGAACUGAUGAUUCAACGAGAAGCGGAUGUGAAAAGUAAGGUAACUGCUGUGGCACUGACAGACUCUGUUCACAAUGUAUGGCAUCAAGAAGCUGGGAAAACGAUUCGGGAAUGGAUGAGAGAGAACUGUUGUAAUUGGGUCUCUAGCUCAGAACCAUUAGAUACAUCAGUGGAGUCCAUGCUACCUGACUGUCCCCGAGUCUCAGCAGGCACCGACCGUCACGAGCUAACUUCCUGGAAGAGCUUCCCGUCUAUUUUCAAAUUCUUUACCGAAGCCUCUGAGGCAAAGACCAGUUCCCUCAAGCCGACUCUGACGCGACGCUCCCACCGAAUAAAGCACGAAGAGCUGUAAGAGGAGAGCGAGCGAGACGGGGGAGGGGAAGCCAAGGAACCACUCUGGAGCAUGCAUCCACACGUCGCCUAACUGCUUGCUGUCGGGGAGCAGACUCCCAGCCCCUCAUUAGAUUGUUUUCUUCCUAGAGCACAGGGUCGUGAUAUAUACAUCUAAAUAGCGUUUUGCAUUAUUUCUAGAUGAGUGCAACUGUCAAAGCAAUAUGGGUUCACUGGUCGUGCUUCCUGCGGGCU